ACGGGUGAGAGACGAGAGGGAAAGAGAGGCAGGGAAAAAGAGAAAAAACCUCCUUCAUGUCGGUGUCUGUGAAACAGAGCAGAGGUCGACAGACGCUACACCACUUCAUGAAAGGUGCCCCUUUUCGAAGUGUCAGCCUCUGACCACAGCCAGUAUCUGGCAUGGAUUAGUCUCUAAUAUCUAAUAGUCGUCUCAUCGUUGUUUUCAACCUUAAUUUCUCAAUUGCCCUUUACACUAAUUCUCGGAGUGGUUGUGACCCAGUUCCACCCGCUUCCUGCUUCACUGCAGGACUUCCUGAGCCCUGAGCACCAGCAGCUGUGUCCUGCCUCGACUUCCUGUCCUUGGUCGUGCAAGGCUAAGCUCGUCCACUCCCCUACCCCCCCCCACAUACACAAACACACACAUAAUCAUCUUCCUGGCACACUGUGGGCCGAGAGCGCUUCAGAUCCCGCUUCCUGGUGCAGCCCAGCACUAUGACCUCCAUGUCCAGUCUGUUCUCCUUCACCAGCCCGGCGGUGAAGCGGUUGCUGGGCUGGAAGCAGGGCGACGAGGAGGAAAAAUGGGCGGAAAAGGCUGUGGAUGCCCUGGUGAAGAAGCUGAAGAAGAAAAAGGGCGCCAUGGAGGACUUGGAGAAGGCCCUCAGCAGCCCCGGACAGCCCAGCAAAUGUGUGACCAUCCCCCGGUCGCUGGAUGGGCGGCUGCAGGUGUCCCACAGGAAAGGCCUGCCUCACGUCAUCUACUGCCGCGUGUGGCGCUGGCCUGACCUGCAGUCCCAUCACGAGCUCAAACCCCUCGAGGUGUGCGAGUAUCCGUUCGGUUCCAAACAGAAAGAAGUGUGUAUCAACCCAUAUCACUACAAACGAGUUGAAAGUCCUGGUAAGUCAAGACUGAUGUGUUCUGAUACCCCUCCUCCUGCCUACAUGCCUCCAGAUGAACAGAUGGGACAGGACGGGUCUCAGUCCAUGGAGACUGGCAGCAGCAUGGUUCCUCAGAACAUGCCCAGAGGGGUCUGUGGUGUCUCUUUACCAGCUGAUACCCCUCCUCCUGCCUACAUGCCUCCAGAUGAACAGAUGGGACAGGACGGGUCUCAGUCCAUGGAGACUGGCAGCAGCAUGGUUCCUCAGAACAUGCCCAGAGGGGGUAAGAAACUAUUGACGUCCUAUUCAGAAGUAAUCCAGAUUGGCAAAGGUGUCCACCUGUAUUAUGUUGGAGGAGAAGUGUAUGCAGAGUGUCUGAGUGACACCAGCAUUUUCGUCCAGAGUCGAAACUGCAACUACCAUCAUGGCUUCCACCCGACAACUGUCUGCAAAAUCCCCAGCGGCUGCAGCCUUAAGAUCUUCAACAACCAAGAAUUCGCUCAGCUGCUCGCUCAGUCUGUCAACCACGGAUUCGAGGCCGUCUACGAGCUCACCAAGAUGUGCACCAUCCGCAUGAGCUUUGUAAAGGGCUGGGGCGCAGAGUAUCACAGACAAGAUGUGACGAGCACCCCUUGCUGGAUAGAAGUGCAUCUUCACGGUCCCCUCCAAUGGCUGGAUAAAGUCCUAACACAAAUGGGUUCUCCUCUGAACCCCAUCUCUUCUGUCUCAUAAUGAAGGGCCCUGCUGGGCUGGGAGAGUCUUUUUUUUUGGUUUUUCUUUUCUUUUUUUUUCUUCACUUUUGAAAGAAAAGGAGAUAUUAAGGGCUGAACUGUUUACACUACCUGCAGAAGGGUGACCGGAUCCUGCGGCAGUCAGAACGAGAAGAAUGAACUGGGGCUACAAGCACAUCUAGCUGAGGAAAAUUCUAGGCAGUGACACAAAAUGGACUAACUACUGCUUUAGCAAUUACCUUCUUGUUUGUUUGUUUUUUUGCAUACAAUUGUUUUAAAAUGAUGCUUGUAUGACUGAUUUUCUCUAACUGUAGGUAAUCUAGUAGAUGAAACUGACAUGCUUUCAUGUAUCUCUACUUCACUUUACACCAGUUGAAAAUGGCAAUUUCCUAGUUCUAUGAGAAUCUUUUUAAUUGCAAUGUUGUCUAAUCCCUGUUAUUUACAAGGCAUAUUUUCAUUUAUAUGUUUACUGUUAGACUCAAAGCUCAUUACAAAUGUUUCCUUUUUAUAGCAUCUUUUGCCUUAAGGCAAAUCAAAGUUACUGCUUUUAAAUAAAGUUCUUUUAUCUGAAAAA